GGACGCACCGGCGGUGCCUCUGUAAGUCUGACACAAGUAUUAACUCAUAGACAUUUAUGGACAAGUUGUCAUUUCAACGAACGAGGCCCAGUGAGCAGGAUGCAGAACAAUGUGGAGAUAUGUAUCGUGAGGAGCAGCUGAGGACUACACUGCACUGUGAUGACAAGGAGAAGCUUCGUAGGAAGUUGGUACUGUUACAAAGGGAGUACCUCAAGACAGCUGAGAGACUACAGCGUGCUGAGCGUUUUGAUGCAGUGCGGAGACAUGUGAGGAGCAGGAUCAGUCAGCAGGACCAGAGAGACCCAGAGGUGACAUCAAACCCCCGUCUCAGCCCAUCUUCAUUGAUUCUGAACGCCACCAAUGUGUCAGCCACAAGUGUAGCUCAGCGCCAGGGACACACUGAAGGUCCAGUAGAUUCUGAUAACUCCAGGAGGAGCCAGGUGAUCAGGUUCCUGCUCCCCUCUGAUGCUGCUUGCCCAGAAAGCCAAGAUCCCAGCCAUGACGCAGCUAGAGGUCACAGAUCCAGCCCCGCCCUGCGCCUCAGGUCUCGGCGCAGCCGCCUGCGCUGGGAAAGGAGGAGUGCUGAGGCGGGCAGGAGCACCGACGAGAACAGCGAGGAAGGACGGGAGCAGAGUGAACAGAUGGAGACUGGAAGUGAAGAGAGAGUCAAAACAGAGGGAACAGAGGUUGUGAAUGGAAGUGACGAGUUGUUUUCUGGAACAGACUCUGAGUCUCCGUCUCUGCUGCUUACACACUGGAACACUUGUGGACAAACUGAAACAGGAGAUGUUGAAGGAGAAGAGAUACGAGGAGGACAAGAACAAAGGGAAACAGAGACCGAGUUGAGAACUGAAGGGAAAAACGAACCAGAGUCAACCGCUUUGGUGCUCACAUGUCGGGAUCCUGUUAUACACGAUGAAGAAAGGGAACAGAAUAGUAGAGAGCAGAGGGAUGGAAGGCUGUGUGAAGACGGCAGUAAUACAAACACUGAACAAAAUGCAGCGGAGAAAAUAGAAAGUGAAAAAAGUCCUGAUGAUACAUCUGAAAUAAAAGAAGAAACAAGUGCGAUGGUUGGAGGCGAUGAUGUAAAGGGUGUGAGUCUCCUGGACUCCUGUACACUGGUGGAAGGACUACUUUUCCCAGCAGAGUACUACGUCCGAACCACAAGACGUAUGACUUUUUCACAGAGCCAGCCUGACAUGCAGGCCGUCAUACUCUCCCAGCUGAGCGUGGGACGACAAUGCAGGGGCCGGGGCCGCGGCAGAGGAUUGAACAGACAAACGCACAACAAUGUACGAUCCGAUCAACACACUCCGGCAGGUUUGUCCUCCCCGACAUCUGCAUCUGCAGGUCCCCGUCUGGAAUCUCAGUCUGCUGACACAUCGACUGAGCUGAACAGUCAGCGCUCCUGUGAGAUUUCAGAGCAAGUCUCAGCUUGUCAGAUCAACACAGAUGCUUGUUCUUCUCCUAUAGUCCCCGCUGCUCGUCCAGCGAGAGGUCGGAGGAAGAGAAGAGGAAGGGGCAGAGGGAGACCUCAGACCCCACGAUGCUCUCUUAGUUUAGACACCUCUCAUCCAGGCCUCGGACCAACGUCAGACAAUCUCAGGCCCACCAGCUCCCCAGUCUGCGUCCCCUCUGCGUCCGUCCACAGCCCAGAUACACAGCCUUCAUCUGGAGUUGUUGGAACUCAGUCUAGCUCUGCCUCUGGACAUCUGGAGAAGGUCUUUCCCAUCUUUCUGAAGAACAGUGACGGGACCAACAGAUCCACGCAGAUGAGUAGAAGUGCAGCAAGCUGGCGAUCUCUCCUCCUGCCCUCCUCUCCACUUGCCCACACUUCUCUGCUUCCUCUCCCCUCUCUGUUCCCCUUAUUCAACAACCUGAUGAACUUUGACAUUACCCAAGAUUUCCAUCUCCCGGAUGACCAGUUUGCUUCGUUGAAGCUGCACAAGCUGCGGCAAGUCGCUGUGGAUUCAGGAGUUGAACAUUUCACAUCUCCGUCUUACAACACGCGCAGGAGCACCCGGCGCUUUGACACACGCUACGGCAGCAGUGACGCUGUGGCGCCUCUUCCACUCCCGCUCAGCCUCACACCCACGAUCAUAAACUCACCCCAUCUCACUGAAGCCAAACGAGCUGCUACACAGUCAUUCACCGAAGAGACUUCUGAAGGUGUUAUUAUGGAAACCCCUGCAGAGCAGCAGACUGCAAGCCUUCACCCAGACUGUCAAACUCAGACCGCCGUAACAGAAUCUGCGUCACUGGUUCCAGAUUGUGCCGCUGAGUGUGUGGAUCAGUAUAAAGAGCGAGAGACAAUGAUUCUGAAUAUUGACCACCCCGUCAAACCACAGCCUCACAUCAACUUUGCAGACAGACCUGCGGGCAAAGUGGAUGAUCAUGCCAUCGGGCGCUCAGGUGAACUUCAAAUAAAAGAGUCUUCUGUCGUUUCAUCAGAAGAUCAAAGCGUUUGUCCUGGUGUAGUCCGUCCUCUGGAGGAACAUGGGUCUAUAAUCCACCAAACCGAAGACAAAGAUAUCAUCGAGACUCUGUCCUUUGAUUGCCCUCUACAGAAAACCCCCGAGGAACCUUCUAACAGCUGCGCUGCUGUGCAGUUAUGUAAUGACAGUGAAGCUCCAGAAGAGUCUGCACCCGCCUCCUCGAGUCCUCGCACAGAAAGGUUUGUGGAAAAUAAGUGUUUUCCGCACCGCAGCUCUCAGCUCCUGUUGAGUCCUCCUCUGGCGUCAGCAUCCGGCCCCUUCAUAACCCCCCACCUGCCCUCCUCUGCUCUCCUCUCCAGCCCCACACUACCAUCACUAGGACUCACCCCCCACCCUGUCCCUGCUGCCCUCCCUCUGCCCUCCUCUCCCUCUGCCCCACCUCUCACCCUGCCUUCCGCUCAUAGCCAGUCCAUCCAGGCACUCUCCCCUCCAGCUCUCUCUCCUAGUCCAUCUCUCCCUCCUCGCCAGCCCCCCACCUCCCCCGCCGGAGAGAUCCAGGCUUCAUCUGAGCCGUUAUGUACAGAUGGUCAGUCAGUGAGGGUCGAACCUCACACCUGCCCGACUGUUUCCACCAUUCACCCACAGGGCUCAGGUGGGCAGGUGGAGACAGCUGAGGAGCACAUGAUGAGAUGCACACACACUCUGAAGGCCCCAGCAGGAGGCUGUCUGGUGGAUGCAUGCUGCCUGGCCGGCUCCUCAGGUGGUUUGUGUGUCGCAGCAGCUGGAAAGUGGGCCGUGUGUCUCUGGAGUCAGACUUCAGCUUCUGAUUGGAGCUUGACACACACCUGGGCCUUCAAUGAGCCAGUGAUCAACGUGUUUCCUGUCCCGGAUGCUGCCGGCCUGAUGUGUGUGACUCUGGGUCAGCUAGAAAUCAGUGAAGUCAGGAUGCUGUCGUGCUCCAGCCUCUCACAGGUGCUGCUCUGUGAGGGCGUCGUCCAGGCUGUCGUGGGCGUGUCCAGGUCCAGAGUGGUGACCUCCUCCCACUCAGCAUCUGGAUCCACCCUGCAGGUGUUCACGCUGUCAGACAGUGGCAGCACCCCGAGCUCUCAGCCUCUCGUGUCUCCUGGUGUUUGUGUCGGGGCCCUCGCUGCAGUGGGAGGACUUACCGAUGCUUUGAUCGGCUCCGAUGAAAGUGGCCGCCUCUUUGUCUGGAACUUAAAGACUGGACAGCUGCUGCAGAGAAUCAUCCUGGGAGAUGGUUUAUCACACAUGGCCUGUCUCAGAGGAUACUCCUACUGUGGAGUGUUAUUUGUCCUGCUGCAGCAUCAGUUGCUCAGCUCCCUGGAGGAAGAAGCAAAAGAGAAGGAAGAGGAAAGGAAGACGAUCGCCCUGUUCUCGUUGGUCGCCAUUAACCCUCUGAGUGGAAAAUCUGUCCCGGCUACUCUGCUGUAUCCGCCCAAAGGCUGGUGUGGCAGGCUGUGUGAAGCCGACGUUAACAGCUCCAGCGUGGUGGGCCUGAGUCAGAGCGGUUGUGUGUGUGUGUGGGAGCUCGGGCACCGGGGGACCUCGCGGAUGGUGUGGGCUCCCGAGAGCGAAGGCUGGCAGCUGGCUCGAUGGGGCGGAGAAGGUACGCUGGUGACUGGACAUCACAACGGAGACGUGACUCUACACCGCUACAGUACGAGUCAGACGUCUCUCGGCCACUAACAUUAAAGACUCUCUGGUUACUUUUAUCUAAUAAAAACGUCCGUCUAUCACUGUAUGAAUGUUAAGUGAAGAUUUUAACCUUUUUAAAAUACUUCAAUGUUGCAUUUGGUUCUGUGGCUUCCCUUAAAGACAUGUCAGCUUGAGGUUUGUAACCUCAUGGCCACCGUACCGCUGAGAUAAAGACGUUAAUGUACUGUGAACUGAAGCAACUCAUUGGUAUUUAUAAAAGAACGUAACCUCAACCAGACCGAGUUGUUAGAGUGCUUCUACAUUCAGCUUGUUCUUCCUACACUCAUGUUUUAGUGUCACACACUGAACCUGUUUGUGUGAGAAUGUUUGCUUGAUGGUGGAUUUUCAC